UGUACCACUGACCCCGGUCGAUCUUCUUCUCUCCCCUGGUCUUCCUCCUUCUUUCCUUGCUUUCCCCUUCUUUUUUUUCUCUCCCUCUUCUCAUCGUCCGUCGUUAUACAUAAGUUACGGUCCACAACCUCGUCCAUCUGGCUUAGCUGUGCUUCGCCUUUCGUCUCUUACUUCUUCUUGCUCCGUCUCUCCCUCCUCUUUUUUGCUAUCGACAUCCUCUCUAUCCCCUCCCCUCCCACAAAAAGUCCUUCUAGUCUAUAUCCUCCUCGCACAUCCCACUGUGUGGCCGGUUAGCUAAGGAACACCACCCCCAACCAACCCUCCCGCCUCGUUCUCAUUCCGCUUCAUCGACUACUCAUUUAUCACACCUUGUUUCACCUGGUUCGGGCAGCUUUUCCGUCGACCGGUUUUGAGGGUUCAACAAGUAAACAAAGGCUUUGUGUCGUGACUGGUAUCCGGAUCCUUAGCUUUAUUCUGUUGGUCUCUCGGCAUCGCAUCGCAUCGCACUCCUUCCCGCCUUCCCAACCUUCUCGAGUCACUCUCUCGCUCGUACACGCCUCUUUUUUCCGCCGUGUCGACCACGUCCCCCGACGACUUCAAGAAUUCAAUUUCUUGUUUUUUUUCUUGUUCUUUCCCUAGACGUCCAAUCACCGCAACUACGACAGUUUCAAGAGACCUGUGGUCUUGUUCAAUCUUCGUUUCUUUCACAUCUAUUUAACGACGACGCCGACGACGACGAGCUAGCUCUCUCGACCGUUAUCAAAAACCACAGUAUUUACAUACAUAACCGCCGCCACUCGACAACAACUCGCCCAACAUGGUUCGCGCCACCGCUUUCCUCGCAGCCAUGCUGCCCGCUGCCCUCGCCGCCCCCUUCAGCCUCGGUGGCAGCUCGACCUCCGACUCUGGUACCUUCAUGGGCGUCCCCAUCUCAAACCUGAACGCCCUCGACCUGAUCCCCAACAAGUACAUCGUUGUCUACAACAGCAGCUUCGACGACGACGCCAUCACCUCCAAGAUGUCCUCCUUCGCCGCCUCAAUCAAGAAGCGCAACAUUGGCAAGCGUUCCCUCGACGGUCGUUCUCUGAGCACCUCAACCCGCAACUUCAAGAUGAACAACUGGCGAGCCACCGUCAUGGAGGCCGACGACACCAUGAUCAUGAGCGUCAUGAACGCUGAGGAGGUCGCCUACGUCGAGCAAGACGCCAAGGUCAAGCUGUCCGCCACCGUUUCCCAGACCAACGCGCCACCCGGCCUUGUUCGCAUGUCUCACGCCGCUGCUGGUGAGACGGGCUACGUCUUCGACCAGACUGGCGGCGACGGCAUCACCGCUUACAUUGUCGACACGGGCAUCUUGACCACUCACUCCGAGUUCCAGGGCCGCGCGACCUUUGGUGCCAACUUUGUCAACAACGUGGACACCGAUGAGAAUGGCCACGGCUCUCACGUCGCUGGCACUGUUGCGGGCCAGACCUUUGGUGUUGCCAAGAACGCCAACCUCGUUGCCGUCAAGGUCCUCGACGGCGAUGGUGCUGGUUCUAAUUCUGGCGUCCUCGAUGGCAUGCAAUUCAUCAUUGACGACGUCGCCGCCAAGAACCUUACUGGCAAGGCCGUCAUGAACAUGUCUCUCGGAGGCUCUGCCUCGGCCGCCGUCAACCGCGCCAUCCAGGCCCUCAACAACGCCGGUGUCGUCCCCGUCGUCGCCGCCGGUAACGAGAACCAGGAUGCCGCCAACACGUCGCCCGCGUCGGCACCCAACGCCAUCACCGUCGGCGCCAUCGACGCCCGUAACGACCGCAAGGCCUCCUUCUCCAACUUCGGCGCUGCCGUCGACAUCUUCGCCCCCGGUGUCAACAUCCUCUCGGUCGGCAUCUCCUCCAACACUGCCACCAACACCCUCUCCGGCACCUCGAUGGCCUCUCCCCACGUCGCCGGCCUUGCCGCCUACUUGAUGAGCCUCGAGAACCUCAACACUGUCAAGGCCGUCACCGACCGUAUGCUGUCCCUCGCUGAGGCUUCUGGGGCCUCAGUCCAGCGCAACACGGCCGGUACCACCAACCUGAUCGCCAACAACGGCCAGCUCUAGAAGUUCUGCCAUUUGCUGGUGGUCUAGACUUUUCUCUUUCUCUGGAUCAGGCAUUGAGCAUGACGACGUCCUCCCCUUGACAAUUUUUUCUCGCUUCCUUCGGUUUAAUACGCGUCGCUUCCAUUGCGUUCAUUUUAUUACUCAAGGGGAGACGACCAGAAAUUCACGGCAUUUUAGAGGAUACCCAGUCGGUCCAACUCGGCACCACAUCGUCACAUUCGCAAUGCAUCGGCAAGCGGGCUUUCAGACAGCACAGCAAGCACAGGCAGAGCAGAGACUGGCCAGCAAGGACCACCCUUUCUGGUCAACUGUAUGUAAAGAAGAAUACAUGGAGGGGGAAGGCAAGCCAACCACCUCGAUUUCAGGAAGAAGAAGAUGCAUGAACAUGGAAAACAACAAAAGAAAACCCUCGAUAGGGCUGGUUCCCUCGUCACACGACCUGAACUGACAUUCUGUCUUGGGCUUUUUUCUUUCUGGUCUUGUUCCCCCUGGUCCUCUCUUUCUCUUCCUUCUUGGACAUGUUAUCUCUUUUUCUUUCUGAGCCAAAAUCCCCAUGUAUUUAGGAAAUUCCAGAGAGAAUUGGUAAUGAGAGCAGACAGCUACA